AAAGUUUUCAUAUCAUUGCAGAUUUUCAACACAAAUUUUGAGAUAAUCGAAACACGUGACUCAGAAGAUACAUCAAGUUGAAACGGUAGCCAAUGAGACCGGGUUUUUUGCUGAUUUUUAAGAGACGAUUUGCUUGAAAAAAUGAAAAGUUCCAAAUACAUGUAUUAAGUUAAAGAUGUUGAUAUAUAAACAAUACGUUUACACGUUGCUGAUAAUAUUACCACUAAAGCUACUGGACAUUGAGGGCGCUUCUCAAACUGACUAUAAACAACUGGAUUGUCGAUAUCACUUUCACUAUCACCCUUUGUCUUGGAUGGAGGCUUAUAACGUCUGUGAAGGCAAUAAUCAGACCUUGUUAAAACUGGAUGAUCCAAAUGAACACACACAAUUCAGUUCAAUUGUCCAGUCUAGAAUUAACUCGAUAUUGUCCACAGCAGUAGAAUCCAUGUGGAUUGGACUAAGCGCCACCUCCAAGGAUGGGAAUUUGUAUCAUUUAUGGCCUGAUUGCACACAACUGACGUCUAGUGUAGGAUUUAACCCUUGGCCGAAUCCUUUAGAGGCCCAGAAAGAGGGAUGUGUGAUGUUAAAUCCUGCAUUAAACACCUACUCAGUAAAUAACUGUCAUAGUUCAUUAGGGUAUGUCUGCGAAGAAACAACUGCAGAUCCAGCUCAAUGUUUUUAUCCAAUGACUGACGCAAAUAAUCAAAAAGUCUUUGAAGUAAAGGAAUAUUUCCCAAUAGAUGAAUCAUCUUGUGCCCAAAAGUGCCACGAAGUAGUUUCCCCUUGCGCAGGCGUAAUGGGGAAUCCUACCACAUGUUCAAUAUUCACUACUCUUUUAAAUGCGGUCAACACACCAGGUCGAGGAACAUUAUAUGCACAUACUUUAAUAAACUGGAGUCAGUACUCAACUGUAAAAUCUACUGUUCCGCCGGCGGAGAUAUGUAGUAUAUCACCAUCAACUGAUAUUGCAAUGACGUCCAGUGCAAUAUUCUACUCGUCAUCGGAAUCUGUGUUCUCGUCAGUCCCAAGCGUCGACGGAUCAAUGCAAUCAAUGGAAUCAAGUAUUUCACAGAUUUCAUCAGAGAUAUCCAUAUCAUCACAAUCAGACGUACCAAUGUCGUCAACCGCAACUCUUUAUCCGUCAUCAGAAUCUAUUUUCUCGACAGGAGUUGAAUCAUUAACACAAUCACUGGAACCAAGUAUAACUUCACAAAUAUCAUCUGAGAUGUCCAUAUCUAGCACCCCUGCUCUACAAUCAUCCGUAGAAUCGAUAUUUUCUUCCCCAGACAUUCUUGCCUCAUCAUCUUCCUAUUGUGCUUGUCCAUGUAGGACGGUAAACAAUGUGACGUACACACCCGAGGAGCUCCAAAAGAAGUUAGAACAAAUGAAAGCAGAACUGACUGUUGAAGCAAAGGAAACCAAUAAAUACAAAAGAACACUUAUAAGUGUACCGGACCAUCGUCCUUCAGCCCGUGGUAUUGGGAGCCUGGGCAUUCUUAUUUUAUGUACUAUUAUCAUUCUGCUUGUGGCGUUUGAUUUCCCACGUGCUGCCCAACAUACUUUAAAAUUAGUCAAAUGCGCAAAAGAAAAACUCAAACACAAAAACUAGUAAUCAUUACAUGCGAUUUUUAUUUUUUAAAUACUUUUCCUGCAUUGUUACUAUGUUGAAAGUUAGAGUUGUGUAACGUAGCAUAACAAAAUUGUGGCAUUGACAAAAUAUGCUUUCCUAAUAACAUCUACACUUUAUUCAUGUAAUAUUCUUUUAUUCCUCUUUUUUUCAAUUUGAACAAGUAACUUUCUUAUAACGUUUCU